AUGAAAGAUUGGCUGAUCGAUAACGAGGCGAAAACAGAGAUUUGGGGUAAUGAGAGAUGUAUGGAAGAUAUGGCCGAUCUUCGUGCUUCACUUUCGAGGAUAUUGAAUGCGAUGCUAAAGAAAAACCUUUCAACGUUAAACGAUUUCGACAAAACUGUCACUAUUCAAGUAAUCGACUCAAAUGGUGGCUAUAAUGGAGGGUUUUUGAAGGGUCGAAAAGUGUUUGCUGGUCGUUUCGAUGAAUGUCGUGGGAUAAAAUACAAUGGAGCUGAUCGAUCGAAUGUUUGGGAAGGGGAUAUGUUCAGAUUCUACUUCGGCAAACAAAAAGAUUCAAUCUGUGCAUCGGGAUCGAUCCUUUUCGCCUUUGAUCAAUGUCUUCCCAAGUCAUGCAAAGUAAAUGAGAUACGAAAACUUCUCGAGAUCAAGGAACACAAAGACAUUUGCCUUGUCGUGAACAACGAUUUCGCCAAAACGUACAACAAAAACAAUUGGCUCUCCUGGUUUCUCGGAAUUCUCAUGAUAGCCAUCUUCGUGGUGAGUGUUAUUUCCGGAAUCAUCGACUAUUUUCUCGCUGAUCACAUCGAGGGAACACAAAUUAAAGAUUUGCUCUGGUAUCGUCUCUUCAUCGCUUUCUCUCUAUCGAGCAACGUGAAAGGCAUUUUAAAUACAAAAGGCACAAAUAAGCCCGGUCAAAUCGGUCCCCUUCAUUGUAUGCGCUUCUUGUCGAUGGUCUGGGUCAUCAUGGGUCACACAAACGAGAAUUUGAUUUCAUUAACAUCAAAUCCACUUGACAUUCUUGAAAUUUCGAAAAAAGCUCAAUUCUAUCUUCUCUCGAACACAUUUUUCGCCGUUGACACAUUCUUUUUCAUUGGUGGCUUGCUGUUGGCUUAUAUUUGGUUUAAAGAAUUCAAGAAAAAUCGUCGAUUGGCUCUUUCUUUAAACGGUUGGCUCAUGUUUUACAUUCAUCGAAUUUUACGAUUAUCUCCUCCCUACUAUCUAGCUUUCUUCUUUUGGGGCUAUAUCUUUAUCCCAAAUAUGCCCGAAUCUGCGAAUCGUUUAUUUUCUGGUGGUGGAGGUAAUGAUCCUUGCCGGAGUUUUUGGUGGCCAGCGAUGCUUUACGUUCAGAAUUUGGUUCAUCCACAACAUCAGUGUUAUGGUGUCACUUGGUAUCUGGCAGCUGACAUGCAAAUGUUUGUCUUUUCUCCGAUUCUUCUCGUCACUCUGGCAAUGAAUUUGCGACUCGGCCUCAUCAUUGCAGGAUCAAUUCUUUUCCUAUCAACAAGCGGAAACAUAGCCACAGUCUACCAUUUCCAUUAUCCACAAGGACCCCAUGUUUUUGAUUUACCCGAUCCAAAAGAAAGCAAUGGAGUUAACUACAUGUGGUUAAUGUAUACCUCACCUUGGAUUCGUUGUCAGAUUUAUGUAAUUGGACUUCUCAUUGGAUACCUUUUGCAAUACAAAAAACAUCUAAAGAUUAAUAAGUGGCUAAACUUGUGUCUUCUACUUGCUUCAAUGGCUUUUAUGUUGUUUGAUGUGAUGGUUUUGCACUUAACACCACAUGAUAAAGUGAUGCCAAUCUUCUGGCGAGCCAUCUAUUCAGCUUUCUCGAAGCCUUUAUGGGGAUUGUGUCUGUCAUUGAUUGUCAUUUCAUGUUACUAUGGAUAUGGAGGCCUAAUCAACUCAUUCAUGUCGUGGCCUGGAUGGGCUCCAUUGGGUCGUCUAACUUAUUCAGCUUAUCUCAUUCACUAUAUGGUCAUUUACUACUUGAUCACCAUUCAUCCAUCCGAGAUCAUUUGGGGAGAUUAUUUCGAUAUUUUCACUUCUUUCGCGAUUCCAGCCAUUUUACUCACCUACUUUUUGUCGCUGUUUUGGAGUUCAUGCUUUGAGGUGGCAAUGGGAAAGGUUGAAAGCAUUUUGAUCGGAGGUCGACGUAAGCCUGAGGCAAAAAAUGUCGAGAUUAAUCAAAACGGAAAAAAGAUUGAGACUCCAAAUGAUCACGAGAAACCUCAGUCAACGAUUGUUUCGAUGGAAAAAGAU